AUGACCAGGACCAUGGAGCGGGAGUUUGAGAAGCUGGAUAUGCAGAAUUACUGGCAGCAGCUGUACUCGGAAAUUCAAAAGGAGUCUCCAGACUAUCCGCACCGAGUGGCCAAGUUUCCGGAAAACAGAAAUCGAAACAGAUACAGAAAUGUGAGCCCCUACGAUCACAGUCGCGUGAAACUGCAAGAUACUGAAAACGACUAUAUUAACGCCAGCUUUGUGGUCAUGGAGGAGGCGCACAGGAGGUACAUCUUAACGCAAGGCCCGCUCCCCAACACCCGCUCUCAUUUCUGGCUCAUGGUUUGGCAGCAAGGGACAGAGGCCAUUGUCAUGUUAAGCCGGCUGGUGGAGCAAGGGAAGGAGAAAUGUGUGAGGUACUGGCCCGCCAAGGGGGGGCCCCAGAUGCUGUUUCGGGAAACGGGGCUCAGCGUGGAGCUGCUAACCGAAGAGGUGAAACCCCACUACACAGAGCACCGCCUGCGAUUACGAAGCCUGGGCAGUGGGCAAAGCAGGGCCAUCGCUCACUUUCACUACACCACCUGGCCCGACUUCGGUGUCCCCGAGUCCCCAGCUUCCCUGCUCCACUUCCUGUCCCAAGUGAGAGUCUCUGGCUCCCUGAAGGGGGAGCACGGGCCCCCCGUGGUGCACUGCAGCGCUGGCGUGGGCCGCUCGGGCACAUUCUCCUUCAUAGACAUCUGCCUUAUUCUGAUGGCACAGGGACAUGAUAUAACGAUCAAACAAGUGCUACUGAAGAUGAGAAAGUAUCGAAGGGGCCUGAUUCAGACCCCAGAACAACUACGAUUCUCAUACAGGGCUAUCAUCGAAGGAGCCCAGUUUACCAAGGGGGACUGGAAUACAGAGAAACGAUGGAGAGAACUUUCUAAGGAAAACGUGUCCCCUGCUUUUGAUCGUUCACCCACCACGAUAAAGACCGAGACAUAUAAUAGUAACAAAACAGGCUUGGAAGAAGGAAAGGGUACAAGACUGUCCUCUGAGAGCCAAGCUCCUGGAAAGGAAAGGAGGGAGAGGGUUCUGCGAGAACGAGUGCUAGAGGACAGACAAGCGAACACAGCUCAGAGAGUGCCGCGGAUGGAACAGAGGCUAAAUGAGACCCAACAAAUGAGAAAAACGCAGUUAUAUUGGCAACAUGUCUUCACUAAGAUCGGGGUUGGGUCCGUCCUUGUGGUUGGCAUUUUGGUUGGCUGGACACUAUUUUUUCAGCAAAAUGCCUUAUAA